AUGCCACUUACUUACGCCACGGUUCCGAUCCAGAUUGAAGGCGUAAACCUCACCCUAUCUACAAUCCACAAUCUCAAAAAUGAACCACCAAUUCUAUUCCUGCAUGGCUUCGGCUCUUGCAAAGAAGACCUAGCCGAUAUAGAACUUCACUCUGACCUGGAGCAACAUGGAUUCAUCGCCUACGACGCACCAGGCUGCGGACAUUCCACAAGCGACAAACUGUCAGCCACCGACAUCCCCUUCCUCGUCGCAACAGCAGAAGCGCUCCUAGCGCACUUCCAGAUCACCCAAUUUCACCUAAUGGGCCACUCAAUGGGCGGGCUGACUGCGCUCCUUCUCGCGCACCGCCACCCAAGCCGGGUCCUGAGCUUCGUGGAUAUUAAGGGCAACCUUGCGCCGGAGGACUGUUUCCUCAGUCGGCAGAUUUUUACAUUUCACUCAGACGACCCGGAGAUCUUCUUUGAGGAAUUUAUCGAUCGCACCCGGAAGGCCAAGUCGUUCGCUAGUCCGUUAUAUUCUAGCACCCUCCGUGCACGGGUGCGCGUCGAGGCGAUACGACCGAUUUUUGAGUCGAUGGUUCGCCUGUCGGACGAAGAGGAUUUAUUGGGGAUGUUCCUCGGCUUGCCGUGCCCGAAGAUGUUUAUGUUUGGGGAGGAGAACAGGGGACUUUCUUAUCUGCCGCGGUUGAAGCAAGGGGGCGUGGAGCUGGCGGAGAUUGCGAAGAGUGGACAUUUUCCCAUGUAUUCCAACCCGGUUGAGAUGUAUAGUCGGAUUUCGGGAUUUUUACAGGGACUUGACUCUAUUUGA